AUGAUGGAAAAUUUUCCAAGAACAGGAAGAGUCAACGAAGUUUGUCAGGAAUGGAUGGUACGUGAAGACGGUGCCCUGGCGCAUCGUUUACAGAAUCAAGAGUUUGAUGAUCAUUUAUCAGGUAACAAACAUCGAAAUGCCUUGGUUCGAGAAGACUUCCCCAAAGCAAAAGAUGAACAAAUCCGAGAACAAAGAAUGGCCGAACAGGCUGCUGCUAUUUAUCAAAAGAUGUUAGCUGAGCAAGAAGAAAUUGACAACAGGGUGGCCAAAGACCUAGCCGAUAAAAUUGAACGUGAAGAAAGAAUGAAACGCAGAGCAGCAGAACUGAAUGACCAAGAAAUUGCUAGACAGCUGUUGGAGAAAGAACGCCUGAGAGUUGAGAGACUUCAUCAAAUGCCUCCAGCUGGUCCACCAUACUCACCCCAGAAACCCAUGCAUCUGCCACCAAAGAUGGAAACACAGAUCUCCCCUCACAGGCCUAACCCCCAAAAUUACCAAGCUAAUUUACCACGAAGGCAAGCUUUACCCAUGCCAUUACCAAAUCAAGUCCAGAUGUAUAAUAAUAAUCAUCCACCAAUUUCACAUAAUCAUUUUGAUGUAAGCAGUGCUGAAUUGUACAAUGAACCAUACAAUCCAGCCCAGAACUUGUCUGAUCACUUGAAUCUAAUAGAAUUAGCUGAUAUAGGACUACCAAUAGAUGAAGUAAGUGAACGUCAGAUUCAAGAGGAAAAAGAUGCAGAACUGGCUAGGAAAUUACAGGAGCAAGAGGGCUCCCUAGAAGAAACUCUGAUCAACAGAGAUCGAAUGCUAGCUAUUGAGGCACAAGAUAAAGAACUGGCCAAGAUGUUGCAAGAAAGAGAAAGAGCAAAAGCAAAGAGGGCUAGAGAAAGAGCAAAACAAAAAGCUCUAGCUAAAAAGCAACAGCAAGCUGAUGGUGACAGGGAUGUUAACCAGCUGAUGCCUGAUGAUUCUUAUGCCUUUCCUGCAGAUGUCUUAUCCCAUCAUGGUGCUAGAGUUCCUGGGAUGGUCACUGCUCAUCCUGAUUUGUAUGCAGUGCCAAAUCCUGAUGAGGAUGUAAAUUAUAGUCUUCCUGCUGAUGUACUGCCCAAUGGUAGGAGCUCAGGUCUGAGCCACAAUUUCAAGCAGAACUAUAGUCCCAGCAAAUUUGACAGCUAUGGUGGGGAACUCAAAGAAAUCAAUGGAGUGGGACUUCCUAGUCAUAAUCCACCCUUGGACAGGAGUGUUGUAACUAGUGUCCCAGCUAGUAGGCCUACACAUCUAGAUUUGAGAUCUCCUCUCACCAAAAUCAACAAACCCCGUUUCCCGGACCCGGAAACUUGUGACUCCCCCGGCAGCUCGACUCCGGCCACUUCUCCCUCCCAGCACACCAACAUAGCCAUGGCCAUCGAUCCCACUUACACACGCAGGGGCUACAGAGAUGGCAAUCCUAGCUACAGGGCUUCCUCCAGUUUCGACACGAAUUCGAGUACGGUGACCACCAGCACGUCGAGUAGCAGUCCGGGGGUGCUGCCGCCGCCCGAUUUGCCGGAGCUGGACGAGGACAACCCGGCGCCCCCUUAUAUGCCCAUCCAGGGGCAGCGGAGGACCUCAUCGUUGGAGAAGAAGCAGAAGAAGAAGAGCAAAGAUGGGUGCAAGCAGCAGUGA